UUUAACAAUGUCCGAAAAAUCUUGUUGUGUUGGCGUGGGUCCCGGAUAUGCAACGCCACUGGAUGCCUUCCAAAAUGGACCAAGGGAGAAGCUUCUAUAUACUGUGACUAUUCAACCCAAUCUAGACGAGCCCCAUGGUGAUUAUCUUUCGACAAUUGAUGUGGAUCCGGAGAGUCCAACAUACAGUCAAAUAAUACAUCGCAAUUUUACGAAUCACAAAGGCGACGAAUUGCACCAUUCCGGAUGGAAUGCCUGCUCUAGCUGUUAUUAUGUUGACAAGAAUGCCAAGAAGGUGUCCAAGAGGGAUCGUUUGGUUUUGCCGGCUUUAAAUUCGGACUUUAUUUAUAUACUCGAUGUGGCAACAAAUCCGAGGAAGCCCGAAAUCAUUAAAGUAAUCGAUGGUAAUGUACUAAAGAGCCACAAUGUUACGGCUCCGCAUACAACCCAUUGUCUAGCCAAUGGCAAUAUAAUGAUAUCUGUUAUGGGUGAUGCUGAGGGCUAUGCCAAGGGGGACUUUAUUCUUUUCGAUGCCGAUUUCAAUUGCAUUGGAACCUGGACUAAAGGCGACAAAAAGGCCAUUUGUGGUUAUGAUUUUUGGUAUCAGCCCUACUUUGAUGUUAUGGUGGCCUCCGAAUGGGGAGCACCUAAUAAGUUUAGAAGAGGCUGGAAAACGGAGGAUCUUAAUGAUAUGACUCAGUAUGGUUGUAGGCUAAAUUUCUACAGAUGGUCUACACAAACUUUAUAUCAAACUAUAGAUCUUGGGAAAGAGGGUAUAACUCCUUUGGAGAUACGCUUUCUGCAUGAUCCCAAACGUGCUGAAGGAUUCGUAGGCUGUGCCUUGUAUGCGAAAGUUUUCUAUUUCAAGAAGAAGAAUGACUCUGACGAAUUUGAGGCAAAAAAGGUUAUAGACAUUCCCGAGAAAGUGGUCGAUACUGGAAAUGGAAAAGACGAGAUAAUGGGUGGCAUGAUAUCGGAUAUUAUUAUAUCCUUGGAUGAUCGUUUUCUAUAUGUCAACUGCUGGAGACAUGGCGAUGUUCGCCAAUAUGAUAUCAGUGAUCCAGAGAAUCCAAAGUUAACGGGCCAAUUGUUUUUGGGAGGAGCCAUUAGUAGUGAUUUGCCCAAUAUUACUGUGAAAGAGGACAAGGAAUUGAGUGCACGACCAGCCCCUUGUUUUGUGAAAGGUCGUCGGCUGGAAGGUGGCCCACAAAUGAUGCAACUCUCACUUGAUGGCAAACGUUUGUAUGUCUCAUCUUCGCUUUAUUCACCCUGGGAUAAGCAAUUUUAUCCCGAGAUGGUAUCAAAAGGCGGACAUGUGGUUUUAAUUGAUGUUGAUAUCGUAAAUGGUGGCAUCAAAUUGAAUGAAAACUUUUUCGUGGACUUUGCUAAUGAGCCCUAUGGUCCAAGUUUGCCACAUGAAAUGCGGUAUCCUGGCGGAGAUUGCACUUCUGAUAUUUGGUUGGCCAACGAUGCUUAAAAAAUGUGUUAUAAUUACAUAUCAUUCCAAAUAAACGUAAUUUGUUUUUCCAUUUUUA